UGUGUAUAUAUCAGCUUUUCUGUACCAGAUUUAAUGAGCUGUAGAUUACUUCAUUUGGCCACAGGAGGAUUCCCUGAAUGAUAGUAUUGGAGAAGAUUUUAUCCUGUAAGCUUUGGAAUAUUUAUAUGAAUAGUAAAACUUUUCCUAUUCUGUUUUUAUUACAGGAAAACCACUGCAGAAGAAUAAAAAUCCUAGGGGACUGUUACUACUGUGUAUCAGGAUUGACCCAGCCCAAAACAGAUCAUGCCCAUUGCUGUGUGGAAAUGGGACUGGAUAUGAUUGACACCAUCACGUCUGUUGCAGAAGCCACAGAAGUUGAUCUCAACAUGAGAGUUGGAUUGCAUACAGGCAGGGUGCUCUGUGGGGUCCUCGGUCUCCGAAAAUGGCAAUAUGAUGUCUGGUCAAAUGAUGUGACUUUAGCCAAUGUAAUGGAAGCUGGAGGACUGCCUGGGAAAGUUCACAUUACAAAGACCACCUUAGAGUGCCUAAACGGGGACUAUGAGGUAGAACCAGGAUAUGGUCAUGAAAGGAAUAGUUUCUUGAAGAAGCAUAAUAUUGAAACAUAUUUUAUUGUGCCAUCCCAUCGUAGGAAGAUAUUUCCUGGACUGAUUCUCUCAGACAUUAAGCCUGCCAAAAGAAUGAAGUUCAAGACAGUCUGCUACCUGCUUGUUCAGCUCAUGCACUGUCGGAAGAUGUUCAAAGCAGAGAUCCCUUUCUCCAAUGUCAUGACGUGUGAGGAUGAUGAUAAGAGGAGAGCACUAAGGACAGCCUCUGAAAAACUCAGGAAUCGUUCCUCUUUUUCUACCAAUGUUGUAUACAACACUCCAGGAACUCGAGUGAACAGAUACAUCAGCCGCUUGAUAGAGGCCCGGCAAACUGAGUCUGAGAUGGCUGACUUGAACUUCUUCACCCUGAAGUACAAGCAAAUUGAACGUGAAAAUAAAUACCACCAGCUUCAGGAUGAGUAUUUCACCAGUGCUGUAGUUCUUUCACUAAUUCUAGCUGCCUUAUUUGGCCUUGUCUACCUUCUAAUAAUACCACAGAGUACCAUAGUUCUUGUUCUCCUGGUGUUCUGCAUAUGCUUCCUAGUGGCUUGUAUUAUGUACCUACAUGUCACUCGAGUACAAUGUUUUCCAGGGUGCCUGACAAUUCAGAUUCGUACCAUUUUGUGUAUUUUUAUUGUGAUCUUAAUAUACUCUGUGGCUCAAGGAUGCGUGGUCGGCUGUAUGCCUUGGGUUUGGAAUACCAAUUCCAGCAGUUCAAUAGUUAUCAUUUCUCCUGGUGGAACAAAUAAAACAAUGAACGAACUUCCGUGUGACACAGCCCACUAUGCUUUCCUUUCCUGCGUAGUGGGGACUCUCACCUUGGCAAUAUUUCUGCGUGUAUCUUCCUUGCCAAAAAUGAUUCUCCUGCUUUUUGUUACAAUUUUGUACAUAGCUAUUCUGGAACUCAGUGGUUACAGAAAAGCAGUGGGGGGUGGCUCCUUUUAUAUGCGUGGCUAUGAACCAAUACUAGCCAUUUUGCUAUUUUCUUGUGCUUUGGCACUGCAUUCCAGACAGGUGGACUUGAAGCUGCGUCUGGACUACCUCUGGGCUGUGCAGGCAGAAGAAGAGAGAGAUGAUAUGGAAAGAGUCAAGCUGGAUAAUAAAAGAAUUCUCUUCAACCUGUUGCCAGCACAUGUUGCACAGCACUUUCUAAUGUCUAAUCCACGAAAUAUGGACCUUUAUUACCAGUCCUAUUCACAAGUGGGAGUGAUGUUUGCUUCCAUCCCAAAUUUCAAUGAUUUCUACAUUGAACUGGAUGGCAAUAAUAUGGGAGUGGAAUGUUUACGCCUGUUAAAUGAAAUUAUUGCUGAUUUUGAUGAGCUUAUGGAAAAAGAAUAUUAUAAGGACAUAGAAAAGAUCAAGACAAUUGGAAGUACAUAUAUGGCAGCUGUGGGACUUGUGCCUACUUCGGGAACUAAGGCUAAAAAAUCAAUCUAUUCCCAUCUGAGUACACUGGCAGAUUUCGCAAUAGAGAUGUUUGACGUUCUUGAUGAAAUCAACUAUCAGUCUUACAACGACUUUGUCCUACGAGUUGGUAUUAAUGUUGGGCCAGUAGUGGCUGGAGUCAUUGGAGCCAGAAGACCACAGUAUGAUAUCUGGGGGAACACUGUAAAUGUUGCCAGCCGGAUGGACAGUACUGGAGUGCAGGGGAAAAUUCAGGUGACAGAAGAAGUUCAGCGGAUCUUAAAAAGGUGCAGUUAUGAAUUUGUGUGCAGGGGUAAAGUCAGUGUAAAGGGAAAAGGUGAAAUGUUGACCUAUUUCCUGGAAGGAAAGGCCGAUGGAAAUAAUGCACAAACACGGUCUUUAAACUUAGAGAGGAAAAUGUACCCUUAUGGGAGAGCAAACAUUCAAACCAAACUGGGCACCAGCUGCCCAUCGGUGUCCUCAGCUGCUAGCUUUCCUGUAAAAGCUGGAGCAGGGCAGACAUCUGCCACUCACACAAAUCAAACACUGCAUUAUCUUCCUUCUGUGCCAGCUGUAAAGGAGGCAUAAAGCAAAGGAGAUUUGGUUGUGCCAUUUGCAGUGAACUUGGAGAGCAAUGGUUGCCUGAAUUUUUGCCAAGAGAUCAGAGGUCGUAGGCCAUGGCAUUAACCAAGGACCACUACAACCCAACCAAAGAGAACUUGGGGACUGUGUAAUGAACUCUUGGGAUGGAACAUAUAAGGGCUAGCAAUUCUGUUAGGAAAAGUCAAAACCUGAUUUUCUGGAAAUGAGGAAUAUUUUCUUGG